AUGAGUGCCGCCUGGAGAGCUCAUGGGAAGAUGGUGCAAUUAUACAUCAUGAGAUGUGGUCCUGAAGCCGAUAUUUCUUUGGAGAUGGCCCUGAGUGGUCACUAUCGGGGUAAGCUUUAUCACCAUGAGAUCGAUCUUGUAGAGGAUCUUCCUCCUCCUGUGUCUAAAAGAUGCAUGCGAGAGUUUGUUGGAUUUCUCUUGGUGGAAGGGGUAAAUGUUGGCUCUAGUGGACCUGCUCCACCUUCCCGGACAGCCGUUGGGGUCGUUUCCCCAGUUCGCUCACCGAUUCGUGCUCCUUCUGAGGAGACUGAGUCCGAUAAUGCAGGUCUCCAUCCUCAUAAGGUGCGUAGGAAUGUGUUCAUGGUCAAGAUUCUUGGUGGUAUUAGGGGUAUUCUUGGUAGUGAGCUUUAUGUGCCUGGAUACAAGGAGGGUGUGGUGGUGCCUAGUUCUUCAAUGCCACCGACUUUGUCAUUUACCUGUUCACUCUCAAUUGAUCUCGAUUCAGUAUUCGUGCUUGUGGGUGCACUUGGCUUACCUAGAGGUCCUUUCCAACCGGGGAAGCCUUCCCCGGUUGGCGAAACAGGAACUUCAUCUCACCCCUUAUCUUCCGAGGCCUAUGCCCCGGACAGGGUGAUUGGUAGGGAUUCCUUACUAUCGGAAGACAUUGCCGCCUAG